ACCUCUUCCACUUGCCCUGCACCUGAACAUCCUUUUCGGCACGCCUGAAUCUUCGCAUUUCUCCGCCCGACUCUUGGUUUCAUGGCAACAUUUGCAACGUGUACCGACUUGCAUCGCCAUGCGUCGACGCACCAUGCAGGACUCGCCGCCAUCUCCUUCUGCGCCAGCGACCAUACCGACGAUGAAUUUCAUGGUGUCCCGCCUGCGGCUUCAUAUAUUUUUGGAAAGUGUCAGUUCUUGAAGGGUCUCUCACAUCUGAACCUGUGCGAGUACUUGGAUGUCAUCAAAGGGAAGCGAGAUCGCAUGUUUGUUGUCCAAGAGCACUAUACCACUUCAUUCAAGAGUAUCCGCAACGAGCUUGACAGUGAAGAAAAACAAGGGGUGUCGAAAGGGCAAGAUAUUACACGCAUCCGAUCAUGGGGAGCGCAGAUUUUAGAUGCGCUGGCGUACCUCAACGCUCAUGGGAUAGUGCAUCGGAAUCUUUCGCUCGCAAAUAUCUUGCUGACCGUGGAUGGAUCUGUCAAGCUGUGGAACUAUGGACUCUACAGCAUGACUAAAGGAGGUUCCUUGGUGCAGUUUUCGAUCGGAAAUCCACAUUACCUCUCACCUAUCACUCUUGGGCAGCAAUUUACUUCAGGUUUACAGGAUUAUUCGGUCGAUGUAUGGUCACUAGGAGUCGUUUUGACAGAGAUGUUUCUCGGGGAAUCAUUUUGGCGCAAGGACAGGCUAGACCUGGAUGAAUUGAUGGCGUCACUUUUCGCCCUUCGGAAACGUUCUGUGAAGACGAAGAACUGGAUUGAAGACUGCCCGGAGAGCAUUGGCAUCAAUCCUAUCGUUCUAGAAUUUCUUCAAACAGGUCAGAGACCGACUCAAGCGGAGAAUGAGGCUAAAGUCUCAGAUAAGGAGAGCGACCUACAGGAACUAGUGGCAUUUUUGAGGGAAUGCUUAAAGCUGGGACAACCGACCAGCCAAGAGCCGGAACAGAUGCGGAACCAUGCGUUCUUCAAGCCCUACGAUCUUUUGGAUGACAACAGCUCAUCAGGACUGAGAUCAAAGCUGUGGCAUCAGAAGCCAUAUAUCCAAUCUUCGUUUUUACCCGAUUUCGAAGGCGAGGUUGAGCGAUUACGUCAAGCAAUUUCUCAAGGACAACUGCACAAUGGAUCAGCAGUGAGUCCGAUCAAACAGGAACUCCUGCGGAAACUCCCAUUACCACAGGUGUUCUAUCUCUGGAAAUUAGCUGGAGGCGACGUGGAAGCACAGUUCCGGAGAAAUGGACGUCUUGUGGGCACGCCCGCGAUCCAACUGCUCCCAAAGGUGGUAAAGGUUGCAGAGGCCAGAGAUGAACGUCCACCUGCGCGGGAUAUUGCUGACCUGUUUUCGGAUCUUCCCUGCAUUUUACCGCUCGAGAAUCUGGAAGCAGAGAUCCUGAAAUCGAUCCACGAGCCCAACAAAGGCCAGUUCUCAUGGGACACGGACUAUUUCUUGUUCUCGGAUCCGGACGAAAUGAACUUUUUGCAGAGCACGAUGGACGAUGACAAGGACAAGGAAGCUGGCAGCGGCAAGGAGGAUGCAUUCUUAUACCCGGAUUCGAUGCGCGCCCCUGCAUCCAAACAGCCAUUUUCAAUACAGUCAGGGUUGACUGCAGGAGAAGGAGUUCUGCAUCAGGGAGCGCCCUCGAUAGCGCAGCAACCCAUCAGGACGCGCGUCAAAGUUCCGCUAUCGAUUCGGGAGAAGGAUUUGGGAUACCAGUAUCAGCGGCUGUCUAUGUUCACGGAUUUACUGCUCCAGUAUCCAGCCUCUCGGACAGAGAUCUUGCACCAUUCAAAAAUUGACAUCCCGCCAUUAAUUCGCGGCAAAGUCUGGGCGGCGAUCCUAGGAGUUGUAGGCGACUAUCAUGAGGUAUAUAAUGGAUAUGAUAAGCACACGGAAAAGCCAACUGACCGACAAAUCGACUUGGAUGUACCAAGGUGCCACCAGUACAAUCAGCUCAUGUUUUCUCCUGCAGGACACGAGAAGAUGAAGCGGCUGCUCAAGUGCUGGGUUGAGGCGAAUGAAAAUCAGGUUUAUUGGCAGGGUCUGGAUUCCUGCUGCGCGCCAUUCUUGACGCUUAAUUUCAACGAUGAGGCACUGGCAUUUGCUUGCAUCCAGUUGUUUCUGCCAAAGUUCCUCAAAGACAUGUUCCUGCACGAUAAUUCGCAGGUCAUUCACGAGUAUCUUGCAGUAUUCAGGCACUUGCUGUCCUAUCAUGAUCCGGAGCUUUCUAGCCACCUGGAUCACAUUCGAUUUAUUCCGCAACUUUAUGCCAUUUCUUGGUUCAUGACUCUUUUUACUCAUAUCUUCCCACUUGACAAGAUCUACCAUCUCUGGGACAAGAUCCUUGUUGGUCCCUCUUCACUACCACUCUUUGCGGGUAUUGCCAUCUUGCAGCAGUUUCGUCAAGAACUUCUUCGUUCUGAGUUCAAUGAAGCGAUCGGUAUAUUUUCAGAGUCUUUUCCAGAGAUGGAUAUCGAAAAGUGUAUCGAGACUGCGCUGGCGAUGUGCAGAAUCACUCCGCCAUCGACGUGUUGGCUAUCGUAUGAUAAAGAAUCAAGAGAGAUGAAGAAACAAAUAUCCGCUGGAAUCAAUGGGGAUAUUCACCAUGGAUCAUCGUCAGCAACACUGCCCUCGGAGCAAACUAGCCAGAGCAGCAGGGCAUCGAUAGAUCAGGAGCCGGGAAGAUUCAAGGAAAUAGAAAAGCGGCUAUCUGGAGGGGUAGGGGGCACACAUACAACUGGGACGCUACAACAUUGGUGGGAGGAGCCUCUGACGAUUGAGGCCAUGAAUGCCGAGUUAGCGCCUAGGAUCCAUUGGUCAGAUUUCAUACGUUUGCGGUUGCAGGCCAUGGUGAUUGAUAUUCGGCAGGAGCAAGAGUUCCGGAACGGUCACUAUCCGCUUUCGAUCCAGAUGAACCCAGGACAGCUGGACCUGCUAGUGCAUAUUCUGCAAAAGCUGAAGCGGAAAUACUUGGUGGUCAUUGCCAAUAGAGGCGACUCUGGUCCUGAGUUCGCGUCGGCACUCGUACGUCGUGGGUUUUCAAGGGUUGCGCUGUUAAUGGGCGGUAUUGAUGCUUUGCGGAUCGCGGAACCCAGCAAUGCGACUAUAUUGGGCGCAUCUCCCGCUUCUCCUUCGCUUUCGAGCACCAACACGAGCAACACAGCAGCGUCAGCAUCGUCAUCAUCAACGACGACAAUGAUUGUCACGACGCCCACGAUCUGUUCGUGUAGAGUCAUCCGUCAGUUGAUUACUGUGCAUAGCAAGAUCAAGGAAGAAGUCGUUGUGCACAAGUGCAAAACCCCGUUCACUCAAAAAAAGAUGCGGUCGACCAUCUUAUCUUAGAACCCCCACUCGGCUCAGAUAAAUCAGAAAAGAACUAAAU